UAGCCUUCGCCCCAUUUCAAAAACACACACUCUCUCUCUCUCUCGUUCUUCUUCUCUGCAUUUGUAUUUGAUGAAACAAAGCUAUUAGGUCUAAUCUCUCAGUUUUUUUUUUCUCUCCCUUGAAUAGAUUCGAUGGCUGCACCACCUGCUAGGGCUAGAGCCGAUUACGACUACCUCAUCAAGCUUCUCCUUAUCGGUGAUAGCGGUGUGGGUAAAAGCUGUUUGCUGUUAAGGUUCUCUGAUGGCUCCUUCACCACUAGCUUCAUCACCACCAUUGGAAUUGAUUUUAAGAUAAGAACAAUUGAGCUUGAUGAUAAACGCAUCAAGCUCCAGAUUUGGGACACUGCUGGUCAGGAACGUUUUCGCACCAUCACCACUGCUUAUUACCGUGGUGCAAUGGGCAUUUUGCUGGUGUAUGAUGUCACUGACGAAACAUCCUUCAACAACAUCAGGAACUGGAUUCGUAAUAUCGAACAGCACGCUUCAGAUAAUGUCAACAAGAUCUUGGUUGGGAACAAAGCUGAUAUGGACGAGAGCAAGAGGGCUGUGCCAACAUCAAGGGGUCAAGCACUUGCUGACGAAUACGGAAUCAAGUUCUUUGAAACAAGUGCUAGAACAAAUCUAAAUGUGGAAGAAGUGUUCUUCUCGUUAGCAAAGGACAUUAAGCAGAGACUCACUGAUACCGACUCCAGAGCAGAGCAGCCUGCGACGAUUAGGAUGGGCCAAACAGACCAGGCGUCUGGAUCCGGACAAGCCACCCAGAGCUCUGCUUGCUGUGGAACUUAACAAGUCUCAUAGUUCUUUCUGAAGCUGAAGUGUGCGUGAAAAGGAAGUAAAGAACACUGAUUGGUCUUGGGCAGUAGAAAUCUUGAAGAAUCGUUCAUUCUCAGACAGAUUUGAUAUAAACUAUUGCUCAUUGCUUGUUCCUUCUCAGAUAGAUUUGAUAUAAACUAUUGCUCAUUGCUUUAUCUGUUACAUCAUGGAUUCUUAAAGCUUUUCCCGUUUA